AUGGCCGAUGAAGACCCCCCAGCUCUCCUUUUCCCGAAAAAAGCCCUACAGAGGGUUAAGGUUCCAGAGGUCCGUACCCCCUACUGCGGGUGCGGGGAAGGCAGGGAGACAGUGGAGCACUUGGUGGUUUGGUGCCCUGACCCAACGUUACAGAGACCGUGGGAGCACCGGGAGAUUCGGUCACAUGGGGACUUACAAACCGUACUACGGGAAGUAGGUGCCCGGAGCGUUAGGCUUGUUAGGAAGGUCCUGGGCUGGCUGAUGGACUCUGGCCGGCUACUGGAGUACAGUCUAGCCAGAAGGCUAGAGCUAGAAACAGUGGAGGGAGAGGGCUAG